AUGUCAUCCGAACCCAUUGCCAUUAUCGGAACAGGAUGCAGACUUCCCGGAGAGUCAACCAGUCCAGCAAAGCUAUGGUCCCUCCUAAAGGAGCCUCGAGAUGUCCUUACCAAGAUUUCAGAAACUCGUUUUAAUCCGGAUGGGUUUUAUCAUCCCACUGGCAAAAAUCCCUCGACAAGUAGGGUGACAGAGUCUUAUCUACUGUCAGAAGACAUCCGCUGCUUUGACGCGCAGUUCUUCAACAUCAAUCCGGUCGAGGCCGAGGCAAUUGAUCCUCAGCAACGUGUGUUGUUGGAGACUGUUUAUGAGGCCAUUGACUCAGCAGGUCUACCUUUGGCAGACCUAAAUGGAUCAGACACGGCUGUUUAUGUUGGCGUGAUGCGUGAAGAGUAUAGCCUUCACCUCCGCCAAGACCCGAAUGUCAUACCAACAUACACUGCCACUGGUACCGAACGCAGUAUCCUCGUCAAUCGCAUCUCAUACUUCUUCAACUGGCAUGGCCCUUCCAUGGCAAUCGAUACCGCCUGCUCUUCCAGCCUAGUUGCCCUGCACGAGGCAGUAAAAUCCUUGAGGUCAGGCGAGUGUCGAAUCGCCGUAGCAGCGGGAACAAAUCUUAUCUUGAGACCAGAAACAUAUGCCGCAUUGAAUGGAUUAAAUAUGGUCUCACCAAGCGGUCGUUCGCGUAUGUGGGAUGUCGAUGCGGACGGAUAUGGUCGAGGUGAGGGUGUUGGGGCAGUCAUCCUUAAGACACUGUCGGCAGCUAUUGCUGAUGGUGACCAUAUUGAAUGCAUUGUGCGGGAAACGGGUGUGAACCAAGAUGGACGAACAAGUGGAAUUACUGUACCGAGUCAGAAAUCUCAAACUGCUCUUAUCCAAGAGACGUACCGGAAGGCUGGCCUAAACCCAUUCAAAGUAGCCGAUCGCUGCCAAUUCUUUGAGGCGCAUGGCACGGGCACUCCGGCUGGUGACCCCAUUGAAGCAGAGGCCAUCCACCGGGCGUUCUUUUCUUCCGCUUCUGCCAAAAAUGACACCCUCUACGUCGGCUCCGUCAAGACUGUUUGCGGUCACACUGAAGGGACUGCUGGGAUUGCUGCUGUCAUCAAAGCCUCCCUGGCCCUUCAACAUGGAAUCAUACCUCCAAAUAUGUUGUUGAAUGAAUUGCAUCCCAAGGUGAAGCCAUUCUCAGACCACCUUCAGGUACCCAUGCAGGCUAUUUCUUGGCCUGCAGUUGAGAAGGGCCAGCCUCGCAGGGCCAGUGUCAACAAUUUCGGUUUUGGAGGGACCAACGCCCAUGCGAUCCUAGAAAGCUAUGAAGCAGCGUCGACAACAACAGCAAUCACGACCAGCCACAAUCCCGUUUUUAAUCCAUUCGUUUUCUCUGCGGCCUCUGAAAAGUCUUUGGAUACUAUGUUGUCUGCCUACUCAACUUGGCUACACAACUUAGACGAGUCAUCGAUCAAUCUCCGCGAUUUGAGUUACACACUUUCUUCACGCAAGUCCGAGCUAGCUUUCAAGGCAGCCAUAUCCGCCUCAUCGGUUGAGACGCUUUGCCAUAAACUGGCUUCAAAGCAGACAGACAUAACCAGAGGUUCCCAGAUCCCAGCUCGCAUUCUGGGCAUAUUUACGGGUCAAGGAGCUCAAUGGGCGGGGAUGGGUAAAUCCUUAAUUAUUUCCUGUGCCUUUGUGCGGGAGCGCAUAGCACACUUGCAGAACACGUUAUACUCUCUCCCGAAUGGAGAUCGCCCUUCAUGGUCGAUCAUGGAGGAACUUCUCGCAGCACCUGAAGACAGCAAACUGCACGAGGCUUCAAUCUCUCAACCAUUAUGUACUGCAAUCCAGAUCGUCCUGGUUGAUCUACUUCGCGGCGCAGGGAUAUCUUUUCACUCUGUCGUGGGUCAUUCCUCUGGCGAAAUUGCAGCGGCAUAUGCAGCGGGUUUCCUUUCUGCCGAAGAUGCAAUGAAAGUUGCCUACUACCGCGGCUUCCACGCCAAGCUGGCCAGGAGCUCAAAUGGAAAGCCAGGCGCCAUGAUGGCGGUUGCUACAACUUGGGAGGAUGCAAACGAAAUAUGCAAUUUAGAGCAGUUUGAGGGCCGCAUAUGCAUGGCGGCAAGCAACUCCAUGACAAGCGUAACCCUUUCUGGUGAUGCCGAUGCAAUUGAGGAGGCUUUGGAGAUUCUUCAGGAAGAGAAUAAGUUCUCAAAGAUACUCGAAGUCGACACGGCAUACCACUCACAUCACAUGCUUCCAUGUGCUGAACCCUACCGUAUCUCAAUCCAAAAUUCCAAUAUUCAACUAUCUCCUGGCAACCUAUGUCGGUGGUUUUCUUCAGUCCGAAAUGGGGACCGGAUUGAAACCGCCGAUGGGCCCGAUGCCGCUUAUUGGACAGAAAAUAUGAUCAGCACUGUUCAAUUCUCAAGGGCCAUUCAACAGGCAUUGGAUGAGGAGGACCCAUUCAAUCAUGUGCUCGAGAUUGGACCACAUCCAGCUUUGCGAGGUCCAGCCCAACAAAUUAUUCAAGCUAGCCAAGGUGAGCAGUUACCUUAUUCGGGGCUUUUACACCGCGACCUUGAUGGUUUAGAGAGUGUGUCAAAGGCCCUAGGGAACUUAUGGAAACACCAUGGCUCAAAAGCUGUCGACUUUGCUAGCUAUGAUAGUAUUAUGUCCGGGCCUGAUUUGGAGAGACCUAGGCAACUGAAUAAUCUGCCACCAUACCCUUGGGAUCAUGAUCGCUCUUUCUGGUUUGAGUCUCGAGCAUCAAGAGUAAAUCGCCUCCGCAGCGAUCCCUUCCAUGACAUCUUGGGCACAAGGGAGGUCAAUACCAUGGAUGAGUUGCGUUGGCGCAACACACUCAAGGUCUCAGAUAUUCCUUGGGUGAAAGGGCACCAGGUUCAACGCCAGAUCCUGUUCCCUGGAGCAGGAUAUGCGGUUGCUGCGAUUGAGGCUGCUCAGAUUCUCGCCAAAGGCGAGGAUAUUAUCGUGAUUGAGCUGUUAGACCUUGCUAUUCAUCGUGCAACCUCUUUUGAUGAUGAAAACGCUGCUGUUGAAACUUUGGUCACACUUUCGAGAAUUUCGAGACGCCUCGGAGCUAUUUCAGCAGACUUUCAGUUCCAUGCGGCCCCCAACGCAGGGUCCGAUACUUUGGCUCUUACUUCGAGCUGCCAAAUUCAUAUCUCUUUGGGCACACCGUCUCUGGACUCUCUUCCCAUACGCUCUGUGAGGGCACCCAAUCUUGUCGAUGUUCCCACCGACCUGUUUUAUAAGUCUCUUGGCAAGCUCGGGUAUGGCUACAGUGGGCCAUUCCGAGCCCUAUCAAGCCUUCAGCGUUCAUAUAAGGCCGGCACGGGUCUUGUAGGUAACCCUCAACGGGACAUUGGUGGGGACACGAGUCCAUUGCUCAUCCAUCCGGCUAUCCUUGAUUCCAGCUUUCAAGCGGCAUGUCUCGCCUUUUGCCAUCCGAGCGACGGAGGCCUUCACCGUUUACACGUUCCCGUUCACAUCCGCUGCAUCCGCAUCAACCAUUCCGCUUGUCAGAAGGAGCUAGCUGACGAAUGCAACCUUGCAUUUGACUCACUCAUACCGGACAGCACCCCACCAAGCUUUGAGGCGGAUGUUGGUUUGUUUAGCGUCGAAGGUACAAAAGGGAACGCACUAGUCCAUAUUGAAGGGUUGGAACUGGCUCCUGUAUCUGAUGCAGCGGAGGAGAAUUACCGUGCCAUUUUUUCAACAAUGCAAUGGGGUCUAGCUGCACCUGAUGGCAAUGCUGCAGCGUCUGCUGCUGGUGUCUCCUUCGACGCUCAUCGUGUUGAGCUGGCUACAGUGGCAGCACAAGGGGUUUUAUAUUACCUUCAACAUCUCACAGAGACGAUUACAGAAACUGAAAGGGCCAAGGCAACUUGGUUUCAUCAGCGAAUUUUCCCCUUUGCGGAGGAUGUCAUUUCCAGGGCUAUGGAUGGCACUCAUCCGUGUGUCAAGAAAAAAUGGAUUCAAAAUGAUCGCGAGCAUGUCUAUCGACUCAUGGAUAAGUUCAGCGACGACGUUCUGAUAAAGAUGAUCAAGGUAGUUGGAGAGAACCUCCCGGCUGCCGUUCGUGGUGAUAUCAACAUACUGGAGCACAUGAUGCAUGGUGGGCUUCUGGACAAAUUCUACACUGAUUCAUUGGGCGUAAAAGAGUCAACAAGUACCUUGGCGCAGAUGGUAAACCAGAUUGUUCAUCGCCACCCAAAUCUUGAUAUUAUUGAGAUUGGAGCUGGUACUGGCGGCGCCACCAAGGCUAUCUUUGAUACAUUGGAUGCUUUUGACUCUUACACCUUCACUGAUGUUAGCUCUGGCUUCUUUGAAAAAGCACAGCAGAUACUUGGAAAGUGGGAGAAUCACGCGAAGAAAAUGAAAUUCAGCACUUUGGACAUCGAGAAGGACGUGACGAGUCAAGGAUAUACUCCCGGUUCAUACGAUCUGGUUGUGGCUUCCUCUGUACUCCAUGUGACAGCGUCUCUAGAAGAGACUAUGAAGAAUAUCCGCCAGCUCCUUAAACCUGGAGGCUAUUUGGUCAUACUGGAAUUGACAAGUGUUGAAAAGGGGACACCCGCUUUCGGAUUCAUCUUCUCUGGACUUCCAGGAUGGUGGCUUGGUGUCAAUGACAAUCGAUUGUUAUCUCCUCUUAUCAGUCCUCAGGAAUGGGACCCUAUCCUGAGAUCAGCUUGUUUUUCUGGGGUUGAUACAGUCACUCCAAUAGUAAGCCCUUUAGCCUGUCCCAUUUACGUGAUGGCCACUCAAGCGGUCGAUGAUCAUGUACUUGCUGUGCGCCAACCACUUGAAUCUCCCCCUACGGUGCUGAAUGGUACUCUUGCUAUUCUGUGUGGAUCUACUGAAGUAUCGAGAUCGCGAGCCGAAGCCAUUGCAGCUUUGCUUCAGCCAUGGUAUCAUCACGUGUUGCUCCUGCUUUCAGUCGAGGAGCUGGCUCAGAAAGAUCUAAAAUCCUGCCAGCACUUCCUCAGCAUCUCUGACCUAGAUGAACCAUUGUUUCAGAAUCUGUCAGACGGGAAGAUCAACUACCUCAAGGCAGUGUUUGAUAAAUUUAUACUCGGCCUUUGGGUCACUCAAGGGUGUCAGACGGAUCCAUACGCCAAUAUGACAAUUGGGGUCGGUCGAUCUGUGGUCAAUGAACUGUCACAUCUUCGGCUUCAAUUUCUUAACAUUGAACCUGGUCAACCUUUCAAUGUCGCCCUCCUAGCUAACACAUUUCUUAGACUUCGAAUGAUGGAUGAAUGGGACCAUGACCAUAACACCGCUAUGCUCUACUCAAUCGAACCGGAAAUAUCUCACCAGAAUGGUUUCGCCAUCAUUCCGCGACUUCGCAACCUCCAAGCAGCCAAUGAUCGAUACAACUCUUCUCGCCAUCCAAUCACGGUCGAUAGAUUGUCUGAUGAGGCAACGAUCACACUCGUGCAAUCUCAUGAGGGCUGCACGUUGAUGGAAGACCUAGGUUUCCUAUCUGGUCAUACCGAUUCAGAGGAAUUAAUCACCAUUCGGGUAGAGAAGUCUACCAUGAUAUCUAUCGGUCCCCUUAAUGCACGUCAGUUUGUUGUAAUUGGCAAUAUUUUGAGCGGCGAUCGAAGUAACAGGGCUAUUGCCUUCGCGAACAAACAAUCUUCAACCGUUCAAACAUAUCCCCCAAUCUGCCGCUCUUGCCAUAUUGCCCCAGGUAGCGAAGCAAGACUUUUGCUGUUCAUGAUCAGUGAAUACCUCCUUCAGUAUUUGUCGGCGAUUGGAGAUGGACCGGUUGUUCUACACAACCCUGACUCGAACCUCGCUUGGGCUUUAUCUCAAUCCGCUUCACAGCGAGGGCUUAGCCUUGUUUUUACUUCAUCAAUCCAUGCAACAGACAAAAUUUGGUCUCAUAUCAACCCAUAUAUCUCCGAUCAAAGCCUUCGGCGCAUCAUUCCCUUCGCGGCAUCUUGCUUCAUUGAUUUCACCCGUUCAGAGGAUCAAUGCAAUCUGGCCCCGCGGAUCCGCAAUGCCAUCUCUAGGACAUGUAAAUGCCUAACAAUGGAGGAUAUUUUUGGCACUGAUGCAGUGCUACCGACAAAAGUCCCUGUAGAACUAGGGAAACUGUUUGAGACAAUCACUCUCCGGGCCAUCUCGGUAGCCUCAAAUGUGGAAGAUUCUCCUGAGAUUGACACCAUACUAUUACGCGAUCUAAUUGAACCCCGCCCUGUUGAGAAAGGCUGCAUGACGAUGGUUGACUGGACAUUGGAAUCCAAAAUCUCCGUCAGGCUUCAGCCCAUUGAUAGUCGCGUGUUGUUUGCUGCGGACAAGACCUACGUCCUCUUUGGAUUAACCAGCGACUUAGGUCAAGCGCUGGCACAGUGGAUGGUUGAGUACGGGGCUCGGUACAUUGUGCUAGCCUCUCGCCGUCCUAAGAUUGAACCAGCGUGGCUGGAGAAGAUGAGAGAGAUGGGGGCAACCGUCCAAGUCUACUUCGGUGAUGUCGGAAACCGUACUGAAUUGGAGGAAGUUUGCCUGAAUAUAAGGAGCAGCAUGCCAGAGAUCAAGGGCAUCUUCAACGGAGCCAUGGUGCUCAUGGAUGCCAUCGUAGCCAACCUUUCCAUCGAGAUUGUGGAGCAGCAGAUGAAGCCGAAGGUUGAUGGCAGCAGGUUCCUGGACGAGAUAUUCAGUGGUGACGAUCUUGACUUUUUUGUGUGCGUCUCAUCUAUUGGAGCCAUUUGGGGAAAUGGUGGCCAGACAAUUUACUCGGCAAGCAACAUGUACAUGACAGCUCUGGCCUAUCAGCGACGCGCUCGCGGUUUGCCUGCUUCUAUCCUCCACUUGGGAAGCAUUCUCGCUGCAGGGUAUCUUGCCAGACAGGAUGUGUGGGCAUCACUAAACUGGAGUGAGAACAGUGGUCACCAGUGGCUUUCGGAGCGGGAUGUGCAUACCGCCUUUGCUGAAGCAAUUCUGGCAAGCCGACCGGACUCUGGAGUGAUUGUUGAAAUUGUUGUAGGUGAACGUGUGGAAGUCCCGGAGCCUGGAUUGAGGACACAAUGGUUUGAGAAUCCCAAGUUCCUACACCAUGCGAAACAACAACAGAAGGUGAAGGAACAAAAGAGCCAGGCAAAGGAUGUCAUAUCAACCAGGGCUAAAUUGCAAGAUGCCACUUCUAGCGAGGAGGCCUACGAAAUCCUGAAAGAUGGGUUUACUAGCCGAGUAGCUCUAUUACUUCACUGUGACUACAGCGAGUCUGAGCGACAGAAGAUGACCGAAAUGACUUCCUUUGAUCUUGGGAUUGAUUCUUUAAUUGCCGUUGCAAUCCGAAGCUGGUUCUUCCUUGAAUUUGGCAUCGACGUACCGACGUUCAAAAUUCUUGGUGGUGCCACUUUUGCUACCCUUCUUUCUGGUGUUCUCAAGGAUUUACCGGCUGAUAUCACGCCCAACAUGACUACAUAA